GUAAACAGCGCAGGGCACUUCGGGAGCGGGAUUGUUUCACGCAGGAAGCAGUCUCCAUUUUAGCGCCGCCCGCCGUCGCCAUCUGUUUCCCUUCCCUCCCAUUUUUCCCUGUCCUGUCCCCAAGGCGCUACGUGAAGGCUGGGUCUAGGCCGCAGGAGCUUGAAGUGAGAGAAGGGGAAAAGGGAGAAGGAGAAGAAGGGAGAUAAGGGGUGAAUCGCGAAGGGUGAGUGGUAGAGGCCGAGGUGUGAAUCGCUCAGGCCCGCGGACGGACUGACGGACGGGCUCGUGCUCCUGUUGCCGCGGCUGCGGCGCCCGCGCGAGUCCCGUCGAAGCGGCAGCGGCAGCGGAAACGGGAGGAGAGCAAUGGCGGCCGACAGCCGAGAGGAGAAAGAUGGAGAACUUAAUGUUCUCGAUGAUAUUUUGACUGAAGUACCAGAACAGGAUGAUGAACUGUAUAACCCAGAAAGUGAACAAGAUAAAAACGAGAAAAAGGGAUCAAAGAGAAAAAGUGACCGAAUGGAAUCGACUGAUACCAAGCGACAAAAGCCUUCUGUUCAUUCAAGACAAUUACUUUCAAAGCCACUGAGCUCAUCUGUUAGUAAUAACAAAAGAAUAGUUAGUACAAAAGGAAAGUCUGUGGCAGAGUACAAAAAUGAGGAAUAUCAAAGAUCUGAAAGAAAUAAGCGUCUAGAUGCUGAUCGCAAGAUCCGCUUAUCAAGCAGUGCAUCCAGAGAAACUUACAAGAGUCAAACAGAAAAGACUUGUCUUCGGAAAAGGGAUCCUGAAAGGAGGGCCAAAUCCCCAACACCAGAUGAUUCUGAGAGAAUUGGACUUGAUGAGGAUAGACGUGCAAGCAGAUCCAGCCAGUCUUCUAAAGAAGAAAUGAACUCUGAAGAAUAUGGUUCGGACCAUGAGACUGGCAGCAGUGCUUCCUCUGAUGAGCAGGGCAACAACACGGAGAAUGAGGAGGAAGGAGUGGAAGAAGAUGUGGAGGAAGAUGAAGAGGUAGAAGAAGAUGCUGAGGAAGAUGAAGUAGAUGAAGAUGUAGAGGAGGAGGAGGAGGAGGAGGAGGAAGAAGAAGAGGAAGAAGAAUAUGAACAGGAUGAGAGAGACCAGAAGGAAGAAGGAAAUGAUUAUGACACGCGAAGUGAGGCUAGUGACUCAGAUUCUGAAUCCGUUUCCUUCACAGAUGGAUCUGUCAGAUCGGGUUCAGGCACAGAUGGAUCAGAUGAGAAAAAGAAGGAAAGGAAGAGAGCUAGAGGCAUAUCUCCAAUUGUUUUUGAUAGAAGUGGGAGCUCUGCAUCUGAAUCAUAUGCAGGUUCAGAAAAGAAGCAUGAGAAAUUAUCAUCUUCCGUUCGUGCUGUCCGAAAAGAUCAAACAAGUAAACUCAAAUAUGUCCUUCAGGAUGCAAGAUUUUUCCUCAUAAAGAGUAACAACCAUGAGAAUGUGUCUCUUGCCAAAGCUAAGGGUGUAUGGUCCACACUACCUGUAAAUGAGAAGAAAUUAAAUGUUGCAUUCAGAUCUGCGAGGAGUGUUAUCUUGAUAUUUUCUGUAAGAGAAAGUGGAAAAUUUCAGGGGUUUGCAAGACUUUCUUCAGAAUCACAUCAUGGAGGAUCCCCUAUACACUGGGUGCUUCCAGCAGGGAUGAAUGCUAAAAUGUUGGGAGGUGUCUUUAAAAUUGACUGGAUUUGCAGGCGUGAAUUACCCUUUACUAAGUCGGCUCAUCUCACCAAUCCUUGGAAUGAACACAAGCCAGUAAAGAUUGGACGUGAUGGACAGGAAAUUGAACUUGAAUGUGGAACCCAGCUUUGUCUUCUAUUUCCUCCUGAUGAAAGUAUUGACUUGUAUCAGGUCAUUCAUAAAAUGCGUCAUAAGAGAAGAAUGCAUUCUCAGCCCCGAUCAAGAGGACGUCCAUCCCGUCGAGAACCAGUCCGGGAUGUGGGAAGGCGUCGUCCAGAAGAUUAUGAUAUUCAUAACAGCAGAAAGAAACCAAGGAUUGACUAUCCCUCUGAGUUUCACCAGAGACCAGGGUAUUUAAAGGAUCCAAGAUACCAGGAAGUAGACAGACGAUUUUCAGGAGUUCGCCGAGAUGUGUUUUUAAAUGGGUCCUACAAUGAUUAUGUGAGGGAAUUUCAUAACAUGGGACCACCACCACCUUGGCAAGGAAUGCCCCCUUAUCCAGGAAUGGAACAACCACCACAUCAUCCAUAUUACCAACAUCAUGCUCCACCUCCUCAAGCCCAUCCUCCUUACUCAGGACAUCAUCCAGUACCACAUGAAGCAAGAUACAGAGACAAACGAGUAGUAAGUAUAUGA